UCAAGUAUCAUCAAUAUCAUGCUUCAGAGGAGAGCUUCAAAUGCCUCGGAAAAACCACGAAGUAGACCAAAGCGCACCUCCAGCUUUGGGAUGUUUGACAGACAUCAGCCCAAGGCAGAAGAUCAUCAAGAUACCACUCUGAGCCCAGAUGUCGAGCUGGCAGAGGGAGAUCAUCAUAAAGGAGGAAUUGGGAAGAAAAUGAAAGCUAUCUCUAUGACCAUGCGUAGAAAGAUGGGGAGAAAAUAUGCUAAAACUCUGUCAGAGGAAAUGGGAGAGGACGUGGAAAGAGACCGUAACACUGCAGCAGAGGCUCACCAGAGCGAAGAUAGAGCAAGUUCUGCACAGACCUGCACAGCCAAGUCCAGUAACUCAGUGGAAAGUCUGUACAGCCUCCACAGUGGCCAGAGCUUCUCCAGUGGUGUUACCAGUGGCUCUGAGGGUUCUUCUAACAGAGACAGUAUGAGGCUGGAGGAGGAAAUCCCGUACACAGGACAGUUCUGCGGCAGAGCCAAAGUUCAUACUGAUUUCAUCCCUAGCCCUUAUGACACAGAGUCCCUUAAACUCAAGGCUGGAGACAUGAUCGACAUCAUCAGCAAGCCACCCAUGGGCAUUUGGACUGGAAUGCUGAAUGGCAAAGUGGGCAACUUUAAGUUCAUCUAUGUGGAAGUUCUGGCAGAAGAGCCUGCACCUGUUUACAGGACAAGUAAUCACAGGAGAAGCAGGAGGCCUCGGCCCAAAACGCUCCAAGAGUUCCUCGAGAGACUCAACUUGGAGGAGUUUACCUCCUCAUUGCUGCUGAAUGGUUAUCAGACUGUAGAAGAUCUGAAGGAUUUGAAGGAGAAGGACCUGAUCGAGCUGAAUGUAACAGAUCCAGAGCAAAGACAAAAACUGCUGGCAGCUACUGAGUGUUUGCAGGAUGCUGAAAUUUCCAGUCAAAUGGAUGGCGAGGCCAAAGACGAGCCCAAAUCUCCCAGUGAAACUGUAAAAGCCGAUCUGAUUGACUGUCCCAGAGAUUCAGGUUGCUACGUAGCUUCUGACUGCUCUGAAAACAGCAAAGAGGAUGCUGAGAACCACCUAUGUGAUACUUCCCGCCCAUCACCGACUGAGGUCUAAGCACACCUUUUUCAGCAGCCUAAUAAGUACCUGGCCUGUAUCACAUAUCCAGGUCGCUGUCGUGCUGUACAGUCACGUGCCAUGAUACAUAGAAAACUGAAUAUUUUUUAUGAUGUGUCAGAUCCUCAUAGUAUGCAUAUAGUUUCAGAUUAUUCAUGUGGUGUAGAUACAGACAGGUGACAAAUUAAAGGAAAAGCUAACUUUGCAUCUUUGUAACCAUGAGGUGCUCAAACAUAAUCAAAAAGUCUUUGUAGAUGUACUAAGAGGUUUAAAGAACAUUCUUUAAAAAGAUCCUUGUGUAAUUAAUGUUUUGAUGUUGGUAGCAGACAGCACAGUUUUACCCGUUGAUCAACAAUCCAAGCUGUUCAACUGAGUUGAGAUUUAAAUACUUUUUAUACUCAUUAAACCAUUUAAGGACCACUUGGGCCACAUGGAUGGACUUUUACUGACUGUCAAUUUAUUAUGUGUCAUGUCUGGCUCAAAUCAAUGACAAAAAUAAUAGGAUGACAGUAAAAUUCACAAGUGUUCACUUAAUUAUACUAUUCAUUAAAUUUAUACUAUUUAACAAAAUGCAAGUGCUGUCAAUUAUAAUCACUUAGUCUUCAAGUUCUGACCGUAUGGCAAGCCAAGUGGCCAUCACAGCAGAUUUUCCCUUAAUUGGUCACUCACUGAUAAUGUCCAAUUAGCUAGGCAAGCAAGUCACAAGGAAUUUCGGAGUUGAAACAUGAAGUUUAAAAUAUGUAGCAAAGCACUGUAAAUACUGUAUAUUGUACAUAGAAUGGUUAAAAAAAACAUGAUUUUAAAAUGUUCAAACUGUAUCCAAUAA